GUUCCUGUCACCUUUCGCCGCUCUUUUCCCCUCACCGUUCCCUCGUCCACUGUCCGCCUUGGUCCACAGUCUCCGCGGUCGGGAUGUGAUCCUGACACUCCGAGAUUUCAAAAGAAGAUGCAAAAGUAGUCUCGCCGACUCAGCGAUUCGCUCUCACUACGAAUCCAGUUGUUUUUCCUAGAAUUACCCCGUAGUUGCAUCACAGCCAUUUAUUAGUGUGCCCAUUGGAUUUCUUUUAAAAAGAGGCAGUAAGACAAGGGGAAAACGAUGGGUUCAUGUAGUUUGCCAACUUUUUAAGUUUGUUGUGUGCUGGAAGAUAAGCUGUUUUCGCGUGUUUGUAUUUCGGGAUCCUCGUUUGAUUAGGUUAACGGCAGGGAAGACUGCCUCAUACUGCAUUGCAAGAUAAUGAGUCGUGAUUUAGAAAUACACGCAGCGAGUCUUGGCCCGUGGGAAGCGCGAAGAUUUAGGAGGGCUCAUUCGGCCCGGCGAAGAACUGGGCAGUGAUAACGCCCUUAGUGCUGUGUUAUCUUACGCUUCAGAAGAAACUGAUCAGCUCUUUCCAUACUUCUUUAAGGGAAUAACCCUUCUCAGGGUUUGAUCCAGACUUUCCAAGCUUGUUUAUUUUCAGACAUAUUCUGACACUAGGUGGACUUAAGUCAAUUUUACCUGGAUACCUAUACAGGACUAUGAGUUAGGGGCGAUGCAUAGUCUUGAAGUAAGAAAAUAAAUACUGAGCUAGCUACUAAAUUGAGGCUACUCAGGAGAACUUGGAGGCUGAAUAUUAAAUGAAAAUGUUUACUUAUUUCCCUCCAACUUUCAUAUAUAUAAAACUUCAAAUCUGUAGGAAAGUAGAAAAAUUAAACAAUGAAAUUAGACAGUGAACACCUUCACCCGGCGCGGGGAAGGUCACCAGUUGUUAAUCUUUUCUCCACACUUGCUUUCCCUACCCACCUCCACACAAAUACAUGUGCUUUACUUUUUCUUAAUUGUUGACCUUAUUUUUUAAAAACAAAAAUGAUUUUUAAUUUCUUCUGGUAUUUAAAAGUUUGGGUUUUUUUUUAGUUUGAGAAAAAUGUGCAGUUGAUCAGGGCUGAGCUUUUGAAAUACUUCAACCAUGACAAAAAGAGAAGCAGAGGAGCUUAUAGAAAUUGAGAUUGAUGGGACAGAGAAACCAGAGUGCACAGAAGAAAGCAUUGUAGAACAAACCUACACCCCAGCUGAAUGUGUAAGCCAGGCCAUAGACAUCAAUGAGCCUAUAGGUAAUUUAAAGAAACUACUAGAACCAAGACUACAGUGCUCUUUGGAUGCUCAUGAAAUUUGCCUACAAGAUAUCCAGCUGGAUCCAGAACGAAGUUUAUUUGACCAAGGAGUAAAGACAGAUGGAACUGUACAGCUUAGUGUACAGGUAAUUUCUUACCAAGGAAUUGAACCAAAGCUCAACAUCCUUGAAAUUGUCAAACCUGCGGAAACAGUUGAAGUAGUUAUUGAUCCAGAUGCUCACCAUGCUGAAGCAGAAGCACAUCUUGUUGAGGAAGCUCAAGUGAUAACUCUUGAUGGCACAAAACACAUUACAACCAUUUCAGAUGAAACCUCGGAACAAGUGACAAGAUGGGCUGCCGCGCUGGAAGGUUACAGGAAAGAGCAAGAACGCCUUGGGAUACCCUAUGAUCCUAUACAGUGGUCUACAGACCAAGUCUUGCAUUGGGUAGUUUGGGUAAUGAAGGAAUUCAGCAUGACUGAUAUAGACCUCGGCACACUCAACAUUUCAGGACGAGAAUUGUGUAGUCUCAACCAGGAAGACUUUUUUCAGCGGGUCCCUCGGGGAGAAAUUCUCUGGAGUCAUCUGGAGCUUCUUCGAAAAUAUGUAUUGGCAAGCCAAGAACAACAGAUGAAUGAGAUAGUUACGAUUGAUCAACCUGUCCAGAUUAUUCCAGCAUCAGUCCAGUCUGCUACACCCACCACCAUUAAAGGUAUAAACAGUAGUGCAAAGGCAGCCAAAGUACAAAGAGCUCCCAGGAUUUCAGGAGAAGAUAGAAGUUCACCUGGGAACAGAACAGGAAACAAUGGCCAAAUUCAACUGUGGCAGUUUUUGCUAGAACUUCUUACCGACAAAGAUGCUCGAGACUGCAUUUCAUGGGUUGGUGAUGAAGGCGAGUUUAAGCUAAAUCAGCCGGAACUGGUUGCACAAAAAUGGGGACAACGUAAAAAUAAGCCUACAAUGAACUAUGAGAAACUCAGUCGUGCAUUAAGAUAUUACUAUGAUGGGGACAUGAUUUGUAAAGUUCAAGGCAAGAGAUUUGUGUACAAGUUUGUCUGUGACUUGAAGACUCUUAUUGGAUACAGUGCGGCAGAGUUGAACCGAUUGGUCACAGAAUGUGAACAGAAGAAACUUGCAAAGAUGCAGCUCCAUGGAAUUGCCCAGCCAGUCACGGCCGUAGCCCUGGCCACAGCUUCUCUGCAAACAGAAAAGGAUAAUUGAGCCCAGGACCUUCUGGGAUUUCAAAGUCUUUCUUAAAUAUUAGAGCAAGUAUUGCUCUUACCUUUAUUACUGAAUUUGAAUCUUUUAUUUCUAGACUGUACAAUCCGAUGCAUGAUUUUUUUAUAAAUAUUUCAUACUCUUGUGAAUUUGGAUCUUUUUACUUUGAGCAUAUAUUUUAGAAUAUGUGUAUGUUAAAGGAUCACCACAAUGGCUUCAGUAUGAAGGCAGGUUCAUUGUGGGAUAACUUGUUAACAGUCAGGAAAGCUAAACUGGUCAGUAUUAAUGUCUAGCCCUACCAAAAAUAGCCAGUAGCAUCUGAGGAUGAAAAAUAAAUGAAGUGUCUCCAGGGAACAGUCUGGCUUAACUAUUUUUGAAAAUGUAACUCUUUUCCCUCUCUGCUGCUUUAGAUGUUGCUUUACAUAGAACCAGAACAUGGAAUUUUAACAGCUAAAGCAUGUGUGCCUGUUUUGCCUCAUCAGGCCGAGCUAAAACAGUCAUAUCAAAUAAAAAUAGAAUAGUAAUAAACUGCUAAACUAAUAUAGUAUCAGGUUAUUAAAGUAAUGUAUGUAUUUGCGAACAGAGGACAUAAGGGAGUCGACUGGCAGAAGAGCAGCGCCGAAGAGGGAGAUGCAGGUUUAUUCAAACCUUAACUCAAGCCAGAUUAAGGGUUUCUGUAUGGAUUAUUCAUAAUGUCAGGCCAAGAAUUUAAAUUAUUCUAAAAGAGGCAUUUAAUUCUAAUAAACCAAUUAUAACAAAAA